CCAACUCUCACCUUCUUGGAAACAACAUCCAUCGCUCAUCUUUGACCCCUAUGCUCAUAUACUUACUUUUUCUAGUUUCUUUGUGGAUAUUGGGCGAUCUAUUAUCUGAUUUUGAACACCAGAUUGAGAUAUUCUUCUCCUUUCAUACAUCCUCAUGUUGUCCUUACCAUCAACUUCUUCCUCCAUUUCUAAAAAGAAAUAUGAUGUUUUCUUGAGUUUUAGAGGUGAAGUUACUCGCAAAAACUUCACCGAUCAUCUCUAUGCUGCUCUAAAGAGGAGUGGGAUCGUCACUUUCAGGGAUGAUCCAAAGCUGGAGGCCGGCGAAGAGAUCGCGCCAGAACUCUUUAAAGCAAUUCAGCAAUCAAGGUGCUCGGUAAUCGUUUUUUCACAAACUUAUGCCUUUUCAAGUUGGUGCUUGGAGGAGCUUGCUGAGAUUGUUAAACAACAUAACAACGACGGCCAUAAAGUGUUUCCAAUUUUUUACGAUGUUGAUCCAUCUGAUUUAAGAAAACAAAAAGGGAAAGUGGAAGAAGCCUUUGCCAGACAUGAAGAGAGAUACAAAGAAGAAAGUGAGAAGAUCCAAAGGUGGCAAAAUGCUUUAAUUCAAGUGGCUGCAAUCGAGGGAUGGCAUUUAAAUAACAGGCAUGAAUCAGAAUUUAUUAGAGACAUUGUUAUGAAGAUAUCAGCAAAACUAUGUCAGACAUAUCCAGUUACUCAUAGCGACUUGGUUGGUAUUAUUGAACGCUUGGAGGAUUUGUAUUUAAAAAUAAACAUUGGGGAAGAUGAUGUCCGCGUUAUAGGAAUUAGCGGAAUGGGUGGCAUCGGUAAAACGACACUCGCAAGAGUUGCUUACACUCAAAUGUCACCUCAUUUUGAAGGUAAAAGCUUUAUUGCUGAUAUUCGAGAAGUUUCAGACAAAUGCGGACUAGUUUCUUUACAGAAACAACUUCUUUCACAGAUCUUUCAUGGUGAAUGCUUCAACUUCUUUGAUGUUCAUGAAGGGAGUGACAUAAUUAGCCAUGGGUUGUCUCACAAAAAGGUUCUUGUUGUUCUUGAUAAUGUUGAUAACAUACAACACUUAAAAUGCUUGGCUGGAAGGCACGAUUGGUUCGGAUUAGGAAGUAGAAUCGUUGUAACAACAAGAGAAGAACAUCUGCUUCGAUCUUGGCCAGUUGAUGAUAUGUAUGAGCCCACAACAUUGAAUCCCAAAGAUGCGCUUCAACUUUUCAGUCUGAAAGCUUUUCAUAGUGAUACACUGCAGAAAGAUGAUUUCAUUGAGCUUUCUAAACAUGUUGUAAAUUAUGCUGGUGGACUCCCUUUAGCUCUUGAAGUUUUGGGUUCCUUUUUGUGCGGUAGAGAUGCGACUUAAUGGAGAAGUGCGAUUGAAAGACUUAAAAGAGAUUCUAAUAAAGAAAUUCUCGAUAAACUUCGAAUCAGUUUUGAUGGACUGGAAGAAAGGGAGAAGAAUAUAUUUUUAGAUAUAGCAUGCUUCUUCUAUGGGGAGAGGAAAGAUUUUGUAAUCAAAGUAUUAGAUGGUUGUGAGUUUAUUCUUGAUAUCGAAAUUGAUGUUCUCAUUAAAAAUCUCUUGUAAAAGUCGAAAAAUACAACAGAUAUUUGAACAUGCA